AUGCCGAGAAUGGCCAGUGCGACUGUCCCCAUGGCUCUGAACUACAAGGACGAGGUGGCUUCUAUUUCCAGCGAUGACGUCGAAGUUCAAGAGGUUGUCGAGCAGCCAGGUGGAUCGAAGCCUUCGGCCGGUGCUCACUCUGCGGGGGUUUCAAACCGCCGGUUUCUGCAGCAUGUUUCCUCGGGCAACAUUGCCAUGGCUUUGAGGACUCUGGCAGGUGGUCGCGUGGAUGUGAACACUCAGGUUCCCAACACCUGUGAAACUGCCCUGCACCUUUGCGCCCGGCUGGGUCUCAAGCAUGUGGGCACUGCGAUGCUCUUGGUCUUGUUGGAGACCCCGGGCGUGGACAUUGAUCGGAGAGAUCUGGAGGGCCGCACGCCACUGCAUCUGGCGGUGCGGCACCGGCACGGCGAUGCCGCCGAGCUGCUACUGGAUGCAGGUGCCGACCAGACGCUCAAGGACUUCGAAGGCAUCGCAGUCGAUGACGAUGGUUCACUGACGCGGCUCCUGGAAGACUUGGCAACGGCACGGCGAAAGCAAGAGGAGGAGUAUCGUCAGCGCCUGCGGCAGGAGGAGUUGCAGGACAGCAUGUGGUUCGCGAGAGAGGCGGACAACAGUGAGAUCGGUUCCUUCGCCAUGUUUGACGGAGGUGUCUCUGACCUGGAGGAGGCCACGGACACCGAGGACUGGAUGGAUGCCGUCGCGCGAGAGUACCGAGAACGAUGUGAAGGCAACCGGCCGGCGCCGCCGGCAAAGGAGCAACCGACCCGCAGCCGAAAGGAUAUCCCAAAUCCCUUCGAGCGGCUCUUCCGAGAGCGCGAGGCUGCCGGCCAGAGACACAAGCGGCAGCGGACGAAGCCAAGCACGACGAGUCCGAGGCAUUGCUGCGGUGAGAAGGUCUCGGCUGACCGGCGCGCGGCCGAUGAGGCGCGAUUUGAGGCCUUCCGCAGAGCUACGGCUUCGAUGCCACCAACGCUUUGCGAAGAGCUGCCGUGGCCCUCGGGGCCGCCUGAGAAUCCUGUACACCUUCAUCCGAAGAUGCCCAAGGAGCUCCUGCUGUCGGCUCUGCGCGAGGCACUCCGGCGGUGGCACCCCGACAAGGUGCUUGCGCAGCUGGCUAAGGCAUUGCCACCACAAGAGAAGGCCAAGGCCGGCCAGAGGGCCACGGCUCUGGCACAGCAGCUCACAGCCACGAAGGCGGCCUAUGCGGCGCACCUGUGUACAGAAGCAGGAGGCGGCUGA